AUGGUAACCGAACGCUUCACAAGGUAAGCUGUGAAAAGAAACAUGAGGAUUUCCGACAAACUUUUCAAAGUAAAAAAAAAAACAAGCGCGGUUCAGAUGUGGAAAAACCACAUAAAACCAUGCUUUGUGGGAAAAAAUAGAGUUUAUAGGUAUAUUUAAUCUAGCAAAAACAAUAUGACAUGUAGUCCUCUAUAGCAGGCCUAAGACAUUUUCAGUUUCAAAACUACUUGUGCUUUUAUUUUGGUAGCUGCGUUUCCGGUUGUGUUCAAACUGUGAGUACCUUGAUAGUAAGUACGAGUCGUUUCAGGAAGUGCCUGAUUGUGUUGCUAGUAAUGUCGGCUUGUUCGCUCCAAGAACUUGAAUUUAUUGAGAAGUACGAAGAAAUGUAAGUAAGUUUUGCUUAAUAUGAAGAGGAAACAAUUCUGAUCAAAUCUAAUCGGUCUCAGCGUCGGUGGAGCCGUUACAUUUGCCGUAAGGCGCGCUGCUACCUUGGUUAUCUUUCUCCUUUACGGACGCUUUUACUCUCGACACAGUUUAGUAAGACUUUGAUUCCCAUGUACCGGUUUUAUUCUGUUCCUUUCCAGAUCAGUAAUCUGCAGUUUUUAUCUAACUUGUCAUGUCGUAGUUAAGACCUUGAUAACAGAUUUUGUACAACCCUGAAAUUAGACUCUUGAAAGGGGCUAGAGAAGCUACUACUGGGCUGCUACUACACUUUUAGAGUUUUUAAAACUUUUGUUGUUUUGUGGAAAUGCACAAAAAGGGAAAUUUCACAGUUUUUCGUUCUAUACCACUCGAAACUAGGUCCUGAUUAUUGAAAACCUCAACGCCUACGUCUGGUCAAAACAGUGUGAAAUGUAGGGGAGAGUGGGGUAAGUUGAGCCACCCCCUGUUGCUUGGAAAUGGUCAAAGAAAUUGACAAUGUCACAAAAUAUUUAGGAGAUGGGCAUCAAUUCAUGGAGUCUGUGAAGAUUAGAAGCACAUGGGUGAAGGGGUUAGAGAUUUAAUUACAAAAAAAACAUUUUUCACUCUUGAAAGUGAUAAGUUUGAUUAGAAUUGUGUUCAGACCAAAAACAUCAUUUUAAAUUUGUUUUAUACAACAAUUGUGGUAUCUAUGAGCUACAAAGUCAAAAAACUUGCGUACAAGUCCAUCAUUUUAGCUUAGAGGACUAAUCAUGGCUGCGUCCGAAAUGAACCCCUAACUCCUAUCUGGUGACAGUAUCUCUUCUCUGUGGUCUUUAACAUCAGUCUGGAGAGGAGAUCAGAGCUGCUCGAGGAGAUGAAGCGUCGCAGAGAGCAGCUGAAGAUCCAGAAGAAGAAGCAGGUGGAGGAGGCUGAGGCUGCUCACAAGAGGAACAUGGCUCUGCUGCAGGUAACACCCAUUUUAAUCUUUAUAAACAUUUCACUGACAUCAAAUGGGUUUAUUAAGUUGAAGCACUAUCUCUGCUGUAGCUAUAAAAAAGACAUAGAUAACCUGUCUGCUGCUCAUCUUGCAAAGCUGCACAGUUUGGCUGACAGUAAAAUCCCAUUUCACUGCUGCUCUACCACUCUGAACCUAUCCAGUGAAGGUCAUGAUGUGAACUGUGUUCCUGCAGGGUUUACAGAAGAUAGAGGAUCGUCUCAGAGGAAGACAGCUGCCACACCCUGAUCUCCUGGCUCUGGAGGUAUCAAGUUUAAUGCUUAAUGUUGAAUUUGAUUCUGAUGGAUGCUUUUCACAAAACCAGAAGUGUUUUUCCAGGAUUAAGACAAAGGGUCUGUUCAGAUAGUUUGUGGUUAGGAAGAUUCCCAACUGAAUUAAACAACCCUGAAGUCUGUGGGUGCCAGCCGUGACGAGAGCUGUUUGAUUUCUCCAGAUGAUAAGGAAAGGAGCUUCAUUGCUUCCUUUAUUACCUCCUUUAGCGUAGGAUACACUGGAUUAUCCUUCAGGAAGGAAGAGAAGGAAAAAUGAGCCAGAAUUCAAGUGCAUCUCACAUUCUUUAGGAGCUGAUAAUAUGACUGAAACACUGGAGACAAAUAAUAUUGAUAUUAAAAGAUACAAUAUAAAAUAAGAUAUAAUCAUCUUUUCUACGCUUUCUACGCAGAAUUAUUUAUAAAACAAAACAGGAGAUAAGUACUCGUAAAUACAGUGAAAUAAGGGAUUAAAAAUCGUUUUAAAGUCGUAUGAGGUUCAUAUUAAGUGAUAGACUUAGAAACUCUACUGACGUUUUGUCAAAUCUUAGUUCAGACAGUCUCAUCCUGAGCAGACGCUCCGUCUCAUUACCUGUAAACACCUGAAUGUUGUCCCACUUAUCACACUGUUUUCACUGUUUAUGUGUCUGUAUGAAUCAUCCAGUUAAGAGCGCUCUGUGUUUUUUAUAGUCCAUCAUUUGCAAACUGUAGUUUAUACUCAGCAGAGUCAGAUUACAAAUUCAGAAAUUCUCUUUUCUAACUCCCAAGAUACACCUUUAUUUAACUCUGUGAGGUUUACACUCAAGGUCAAGGAAAGGAGGAUAGCAAAGAAUUUAGAAAGUACAUUUUAGGACUUUUUAAUGUUCUCUAGAUUUUCCAUAAACAUUUUUCCAUGAACUUGGCCUGAAUCCUGACUGUUUGCUUACAAAAUAUGUAAAAAUGACUUUACACCUUACCUCUCAUGCCAGGCCAAACCCAGGAUAACAAAUUAAUUUAUAUUUGAUUUACAUGUGUGAAAGUUGUCACAAUGAUCUCUUUUAAACCUAUGGCUAUCUUUUGGAAACAUUUUUCUAGGACACAGCUCCAACGCAAGGGUACAGAGUUUUAUUUUGGAGAGGAGAGAUAUGUUCUUUCCUAAUUUCCUGCACUCAUUUACUGCAGUUCAGCAAAUUAAAAUACUUGUAUAUUUAAAAAUAUUUGAUAUUUUUUUUAUGUAUUUGUUUAUUUAUUUAUAUAUUUUAUUUUAUUCAUUUAUUUUUUUUUGCGAUGAGGUCUGUUAUAAAAAGAAAACUGACGAGGUGGUUGCACCAGAUUUAGCCAGCUGCUAAUUGUCCCACAUGUAGGUGACUGACUGGUUUUAACAGACAACAUCACAUUACCCCUAUUUUCGCCUCUUUACAUCGGCUUCCAGUUAGUUUUAGAAUUGAUUUUAAGAUUUUACUCAUUACUUUUAAGGCAGUAAAGGGUCUGGCUCUAAUCUAUAUACUCAGAAUAUAUUACUAUUACUAUAUUACUCAGAAUAGAUCCAGGUGUAGUAACUGAAGACUUUAAGGUCUUGCAUUAAGGUUUAUAUCAUCCCUCUGUUACAGACAAGGUACUGGAACUCUGUGGAAGAGUCUGUUCCAGCCUGGGAGAACUUCCUGCUGGGUAAAGGCCCACAUCCCACUGAUAGUCCAAGACAGCUGCCCAGAAGGACAAAACAGAAACCCAGCACAGCUCAAGACAAAGGCCUGCCUCCUCUUCCAAAACCCAGGACUUCUCGAUAGGUGAGGGGUGGUGGUGAUGGGGGUGCACUAUUGACUGAAAGAUUGCACGGACGGUCUGAAUGCAGGUUUAAGUCACUGGUUAACAGGAAGAAAGUGCUCUUGUGAAAAAAGUAAUCUCUCAUGAAUGCAAUGACAUGGGAAGACCACUAGAGGGAGCCAGCGUCAUAGUUUUAAGUAAAACUGUAGCUCCAGAGUCUGGCAACAACCUGCAUCUCAACUACAGCUCACCCUCUGAAAGUUUCUGUUCGCCCAGACCUCAGAAGGUCAGCUGAUUUAAAAUGAAACCUGUGUUUUUUUCUGACGGGGCAGAGUCAGAUCUUUUGAGAAAAAAACAAAAAACUUUGUGUUGAACCUUGUCUGACAUUUAUGUCCAUUGCAGGGGGAGAUAACACAGCUUGUGAUAGAUUAAAUGAUGAAUAAGGAUUACUUUUAUUCAAAGGUUCUUGGGUUUGCACAUGUGAUCGUCUCUAUCUAAAGGGACCACUUGGCACCAGGUGGGUCUUUUUAUUAGAGCCAUGAAACAGAAAACAUAUUCCCCUCACAGGAAUCAAUCAAAAUAGAAGUAUUUGGAGUUCACACAAAUAGAUUCCCCAUUCAAAUGAAUUUUUACAAGAUUAAAAACUCCGAUACAUGGAAACAUAAACAGCAUCAAUCUUUUUUAUGCAGCCCUGUGAAAAUUGCAAAUAACAAGGUUUUUCCCGGGAAAAUAAAUUUCUUUGGUUCAUGUUUGGAAGAAUAUAGUAAUAAAAUUGUUAAAUCAUAUAUUAGAUCUUACUGUGAGUAGCCAAUUACACUAAAUGGGAAGUUUUAUUUACCCAUAUGAGCGACAGAACCUCAAAUAAAGCUGAAUCAAAACCACAACUUGGUAGAUUUUUUCAUUCCAUGAAUAUCACAUACUGAUAACGGUCACAUUACUCCAAAAUAUAUUGUAAAACAUACAUCUGAAAGCCAACGAAUAGGCAAAGCUAUAAAAUUCAUUUACAGAGGUGACAAUAUUUUCAUAUAAUCCCCAAAAAAUUCUGCUGAAACAGAGAUCUGCUGUUUUUUUGGGGGUUUUUUUUUUGCACACUUGAGACAAAGUUCUGUUGUAAACAAAAUCAGAUUCAACACUUAUAAAUUUAAAGGGUUUUUCUCAGCUGACAUAUUUGUAUCAUUACAGUAUGGUGAGUUUGAGCUACCACAAGGGCAGGUAAUGGGACUGCUCUCAUUGGGUGAUUGCAUCACAGUUUUCAGCUGUUUUUGAGCGUGCAAUUCGCCACAGACCGUCGGAAGUGAAGAGGCGAAGUGCAGAGCUUGUCAAAUGGGCGGCAACAUUGUGGAGAACUUGGAUCUCAGGGACGCGGUCAGGUUGAAAUGGUGUGAUCCAGUCAUGCGCCUUAACUUUAAGAUGUGUCAUGUUUACAAGACCUGAAAGAAAUAAGAAAAGAUCCAAACUGGAACUCCUGAAAAGUGCAAAAUGUAGAAAAGUUGAUUGAUUAGUGGCAUUUUUCAGUAAUCUGCAUGGUUUCAGCAUCGGCCCCUGCAAGGUCGAAAUCACCAGAAUGAUUCCUAAAUUCUUAAAAUUUUAUCAAAACAUAUACAGGCGAAGAUAACCACGAAUACUUGACUUUGAGGUGCAUGAAAUAAUGGAUUUAUACACGACUGAUUUUUUUAUUCAUGCCAUUUACCCUGGAUUUUUGUUUCUUUUUGAUCAUUUUAAAUGAUUGACAGACAUCUAAAAUUUCUCUGUGGCAAUAUUUUACUAGGCAAAAUAUUUUUUUCUGUGAACAGUCAUUCAAUAAAAUGUUAACUUUUGUUAAGCAACUUUGUUUCUCAUUUGUUAGUUUGAUUAAAUUGUUGUAUUUUUGUCAACUGGGGAAAAAGAAAAAGAAACAAGAGUGUGAUAUUGACGUUAUUGACCAGUCUUUAACCAGCAUACUUGCUUUAACCAUUAAAAACACAACAUUUAGAUACGGCAUGAAAUUAAAGUGAUGAAAUAAUUCAA